CAGCUGUUUUGUUGCACUUGCCAAUCCGCCAAGGCACGAGGUGCUUCACUCGUCUAAACAAUCCAGCUAAACUUUUUGUGGCUACGCCAUCGACGAAUUGUCACCGUACCAUGUUUGGAUCAAGGUUGGAAUCCAAUUGGGAAAGAGUGGAGCACGCGUUGCAUUUGAGAGAUAUGUGCUUCAAUGCCUUCAAAAGCGAGGAUCUCUGUGACCUAACCCUCACGUCAUUGCCCACCAAUCAAAGCUUUCUCACCCACAAAGUAGUGAUUGCGGCCUUUUCGGAGUUAUGGCGAAGCAAUAUCUCAGGAACAGAUAUUCUCAAGAUCGAGGCCUCGCCCGAAGAGGUCAAGACACUUUUGAAAUACAUGUAUACCGGCUUCAUUGACGUCAAUGAUUCUUCCUCAUGGGAGGGAUUCCAACGCCUGGUGGACCAAUACCAAAUUUAUCUCUCACUGAAAGUUCAAAAGAAGUUCUCAAGGCUCUACCGGACCGAGAAGACUUGCCCGUGGUUCUGCGCCACAUGUGGACGAAAUUGGUCCCGACCAGAUCACGCCGUGGCCCAUGCGAAAAAUGUCGGGCAUCACCAAGUCAAAUGUUCCAAGUGUCAUCGAGCCGUUCCCCUCUUGGACGACUUGGAGUCCAGUACAAACCCGUCUAUGUCUAGCCAUCUUUGCUACUGUGAUUUGGGCCAAAGGCUCCAACCCCAGGGCGGCGAGGGAGACCCAAAUGAGGUAGAUGAGGACAACGGAGAGGACGAGGAUUGGGGUUCGCCUACAGCCAGUAUGAUUAUGCCUGAAUUGAUCCUUCAAGAAGAGGAUCCGGAAGUCGAGGAAGAGGACGACGACGACGACGAAGACGGCGAGGGUGAACAUGAAGAGGACCAUGAAGAUGGUAAUGGAGAGGAUCGGGAGGAACAUGAUGAACCUGAAGAGCGGCGAAACCGAAAAGAGCAAACUUUGAAGCAGCCAAUCCUGCUUAAGAACAUGAAAUCAAAAACAAAUGACAGGACAACGGGUUUCUCUUAUCCACCCUCCAGCCGAAAGGAGCAGGAGCAAAUAAGGAACAAGAAAAAAUAUCUUUGUAGUUUAUGUGGAAGUACCCUGACGGGUAAGACAGCCUAUAACCGUCACCAGUUGAUCCAUACUGGCAAACGCCCAUUUUCAUGUGAUAUUUGUGGCAAGUCUUUCACCCAGAACAUGAGGCUGACAGUACAUUCACGUUCUCAUACAGGCGAGCGACCUUUUCUUUGCUCUCUCUGUGGAAAGACCUUUGUGGAGAGUUGCAAAUUGAAUCGUCAUCUACAGCGGGUACACAUGGCAAACAAAGACGGAAACCCUUUGAUCCCCGGCCAGCCUGUAAUCAACACAGAAAAGUUCAUUAUGCCGAUCUCGUCACAUCUUAAGCGGCAGCAAAAUGUAAUAACGGGAAACAAAAAAGGCUUGAAGCCAAAUGUAAUCAAAUAAAAAAAAAAAAGCAAA